AUGUCAACUGAAGCUGAAAAAAUUACAUCAUUAAGUCAAGAAGAAAUGGACUGCAUCAUCUACGAUGCCAGAGAAGGAGAUUUAGAAACCUUGAAGGAAGUCUUCGAAGAGAUUCCAAAGAGCCUCUUAUUAACCAUCAAGGAUGAUAUAACAUUAAGCACCCCAAUACACAUGGCAGCCGCUAACGGGCAUUUUGAAGUCAUAAAAUAUUUAUUAUCCAUUAUUCCUCAGAAAGAUGCAGAGAACUUGGCUUCACAACAAAAUGAAAGUGGUAACACUCCAUUACACUGGGCUGCCUACAAUGGCCACUUAUCGAUUGUGCAGCUUUUAUGUAAUGAAUACAAUGUGGAUGUAUUUGUCAAGAAUAGUUCUGGCCAUGACGUAAUGUAUGAAGCUGAAAAUAACGGCCAAGAAGAAAUCGAGAACUGGUUAUUGAAGAAGUAUGCUGUCGAGGACAACUUCACGGUUGAUGAAAAUGAUGACGAAACCAAGAUCACAUACAAGCCUGGUACUGAGAGUAAGGAAGCAGAUGAUAGAGCAAAAGCAGCAGCCUCCACGACCACCGACGAAAUAGAAAAAAAGGCCAGUGACUUGAGCAUUAAUUAA